UUUUAAUAGGUAUAUCAAACACAUGGAACCAGGAAAUGACACUCAGCUCUCAGAAUUCCUUCUUCUGGGAUUUUCAGAGAAUCAGCCUCAAAUUCAGCCUCUCAUAUUUGGACUGUUCCUGUCCAUGUACCUAGUGACUGUCUUUGGCAACCUAUUCAUCAUCAUGGCCAUCAUUGUAGACUCCCACCUGCACACACCCAUGUAUAUCUUCCUCUCCAAUCUGUCCUUUGUGGACAUCUGCUUCACUUCCACCACUGUUCCACAGAUGCUGCUGAACAUUCAGACACAGAGCAAGGUCAUCACCUAUGCAUGCUGCAUCACCCAGAUGUACUUCUUACUGCUUUUUUUAGGGUUAGAUAUCUUUCUGUUGACUGUGAUGGCCUAUGACCGCUAUGUGGCCAUCUGUCACGCCCUGCAUUACAUGAUCAUCAUGAACACAAGACGCUGUGGAUUACUGGUACUGGCAUGCUGGAUCAUAGGUGUUCCGAAUUCCUUGUUACACAGCUUUUUGGUGCUGCGGCUGUCAUUCUGCACGGAUGUAGAAAUCCCUCACUUUUACUGUGAACUUAAUCAGGUUGUACACCAGGCCUGUUCUGACACCUUUCUUAAUGACAUAGUCAUUUACAUUGCAGCCAUGUUACUGGCUGUGGGCCCUCUCUCUGGUAUCCUUUACUCCUACUCUAAGAUAGUGUCCUCCAUUAGGGCAAUCUCCUCAGCUCAGGGCAAGUACAAAGCAUUUUCAACCUGUGCAUCUCACCUGUCAGUGGUCUCCUUAUUUUAUUGCACCCUCCUGGGAGUGUACCUCAGUUCUGCUGUGACCACAAACCCACAUGCCACUGCAAUGGCUUCAUUGAUGUACACAGUGGUCACCCCCAUGCUGAACCCCUUCAUCUACAGUCUGAGAAACAAAGACAUAAAGGCAGCUCUGAAAAUCCUAUUAGGGAGCAUAACUAGAAGCAGACAAAUAAAUUCACCUUCAUAAAGUGUUUUUCUAGUAGUUAAUGUUUUGGGUUUUCCAUUGCA